CGUCUAAAAAAACGGUGCUUGUACAAAAUUCGAUUUUUGCAUAUUCAGACGAUACAAAAUUCGUAGUUUAUUGUCAAUUUUUUCGGAUUUUUCUGACAUGUGCACUACAAGUUCACACUUCCAGCAUAGGGAAAUUAGCAUUGGAAAAUUACCUUGACCGCGACUUCAAAUGCGUGUAAAAAAACCGGUGCUUGUACAAAAUUUAAUUUUUGGUUAUUCUGCCGACACAAAAUUCGUAGCUUAUUGUCAAUUAUUUUCAAUUUUUUUCGGGCUUGUGCACUACAAGUUCACGGAGCCCUGUUUAGAGUAGUAAGGAGGUAAACAUAUUAUCUAAAGUGUCCACCCCUAUGGAAGAAGAAUGUUCUCCUACUUUGUGGAGUGAUUUGUGUUUGUGUUUGUGUGUCGAUAUAGGCCUACUCGAUACGAGAUGAGUGUUAACUUAUUAAAUAUUCAAAUAAAAUAGAGGUUAUGUUUGUUGUCGUAUUGUCGAGUGUUAUGUGGUAUGUGAUGGUUGAUGUCGUAUGCCGUUAAGCCGUUUACAAAAACAGAGUUAUAUUCCGCAGAUGAUUUCUAUUUUCUAGUUUUUUUUUAAAUGAUUCAUCAGAUAAAUAACAUGAUGCAAUCCGCAAAUGUUAAAGACUCUCCUAACAGCGAUUUUUCAUCAAAAGAAAAUCAGGAAGCUUUCCUUCGUAAAAUAUUUCUUCGCGUGGUGUCUUCAGUUAAAGGAAAGCCGUGUCAGCUUCGUAUGGUAGAGAACACAGUUUUGAGUGGCGAAUUCCAGGGAUGUGACAAAGACGUUGAAAAAUUUUCGAUAACAUAAAUCUUAAAACCCCAGUUUAUCAGCUUCCACAUGCUCUUUGUCAGAGCUAUAAGGACAUAACGACUAUCACUUUCCCUAGCGCUUUGAAGCUCGCAACUCCUGAUUUUUGAAUAAUCUUUAUAAUGAAUUAAACGUUCAUAAUUGAGCAUCUUUUUGUGAAUUAUUGUAAUAUGUUAGUAUCCUUUUCUUAUUAAUGGUGUAUCUUGCUUCUGAUUAAUGGGUUGCAGUCCUUGUCUGUCAAUAGACAAAGCAGAUAACUCCACCCUUUUCUGCACCAUUGCCAAAUUUCGUAGAACUUUUGUAGUUUAUCUAGAAAUAUUAUUGACUUCCAGAAUGUUUAUGUUAAUGAUAACUGGGUUGGGGACUUCUGAUAAUUAUGUUUACCUCCUAACUACCCUUAACAGAACUGCGGGGUCAAAAAUUGUCUUCCAAACAUUUCCCUCUAUAACCUUUCUUUGACUGGACUAAAGCCAGUACGGUACGUGUUCCAGUUCUUUCCUUUAUUGUAUUAUGGAUUAGUCACUCUUAUGUCGUAUCGAAAGAUGCUGCCACUGAGCUACAUGGGUGAUUGAUGGCAUUUCGUGAUUGCAUAUUCAAGCUUUGAGGGUUUGAACGCUUCCUCUACCAGCACAGAAAGGAAUGCGCAGACAGUUGGAAGAAGAUCCAGCAAUGUGCCUACGAGAUAAAGACUGUGCCCGCUACGUUUUCUGUGGCGAGAAAGGACGUUUGUGUAGAUGCCAGGUAUGGGGCGAAUGUGAGGUGAAAAGGGACUAUGGAUCUUUCUGUCAUGCUAGCAUACAAUGCGAUAAGGGACUAGUGUGCAUACAACGAACGUGCAGAUGCGAAUGGCAUGAGAGAUACGAUUAUGCAAUGGCCGUCUGCAAGCCACAGUAUGAGAUGGAUGACCUUCCAAGAUUCGCAGAUCUACCAGACCCUGACAGGGAGGCUCCUGAGGAUAUCCCAGCUACUUACAGCGGUCCUCUUCUUGUGGCAGCUAUCAGUCUGUCACUGGUCAUCCUGUGCCUAGCUCUGGCUGCUUGGUGUCGUUUGACCACGCCCCCUCCGCCAAGACCUCAAGCGCACCACUGCCCUGGUCAUCACAUCCUCUCACACUGCCCGGCUGUCAACACCUAUGCAACUUUCACAAACCUUCAGUCCUGCUCUAAACAACCGUCAUCUCUCUAUUCCAUAGAAUUGACUUCCAAAUCAAGCGCUCAAAUUAAAUAAGUUGAAUUACAAUACGUCUCUAAUAAUGUUUAAUGAGUAUUAAAAGGUUGCCAUUUAUGGUUGAUUAACACACUGUUCUUUGAUAUGAGGAAUUCAUUCAGGUAUUUUACAGAAUGUAGGAUUUGUGACUAGGAUAGUGUGAGAUUGCUGUUUCUCAGACAUCUAACAAAAACCUGCAACCGCAACCUCAACCUGCCAUUCCUCAGUAUAAAUCCGUUCUGAAUUAUGAUACUUCACACUGGGCAGCACUUAUUGACAUUAAUGCUUACAUCUCUUACAUUAAUGCAUUGACAUCUCUUACAUUUUCUCUCAACCUCAAUUUGACCAUGUUACAAGCUAAUAUAUUUUUGGUGAUGCAAACCAGCGCGAGACAGAAUAUUGACCCAGUAAUGAAACAAAGGAUAAAUAUAGAAAAAUAUUUCAAUGCUUUGUUAAUUCUACUAAAAAUUAAUUAAACGUUCGAAAUUUUUCAAUGAGACACAUUGUAAUCAAUUUUACCGGCUUUGACUAUCAGCCGCUGAUGAGAUAUCACUCUCUGAAUCGUGAUAUUAACCAUUCCUGCAGAUGCUAAUGCCCAAAUGAAUCCUAGGUGUGUGUCAGAGUAAAACAAUACUUCGUGAAGUUCAUACCAGCAAACCUGGCCUCAAGAGUAAACAUCUAACUGGAUCUAACGAGAGAACUGAGUAGCCGGCACUUCAAAUCUGAAGUUUGAAGCCAUUCUGCGUAAGAGGACAUCCACUCUACAAUCGAUAUUAAUGCCCUGAUGAAGAACAAUACAAUUUUUGAAAUCUUUCAUCUCUUGAAUGCCUUCUGCAGCCUGAUAUUUUUUUGUCACCAGAGUGAAAUUUCGUUGUAUCUUUAACAUUGUGGGCUUGCUCAUUUUCCAUGAGUGGAAUAAUGUAAGGCGGCUGGUAGUACAUGCGAAUAUCUACCACAAUUGUGUGUUUUAUAGAAUUUAUUCAUUAUUUAUUUAUUUGCUGCAAAUUAUUGUACCACAAACAUUUUAGCGAGUACUUUGGGAAGUACAAAAUCUAUUGAGUUAUGACAUAAUUUACCAGUAAUUAUAAUUGAUCUGCAAUAUUAUCCACCUGCCAAGAUACAUUUUAAUUAUAAUAUUAAAGAUUUUUCUUCCCCUUCAUUCGUAUUAAAAUAGAAUAUUUGAGUAGAAUUGGCAAAAUUUUUAAUACUCAUCCAAGAACAUUACGAAAACUUUACAAAAAUGGUGAUGUACAAUAAAAUAGAAAUGAGAAUGAAGCUCACUCAUUAAUAAAAUGACCUUGAAUUCAUCCAUUGUACAAAUAAACUAGAUUGGAAUAUUCAUAACUAUUCAUUAUAGGUAUCGUUAUUAUUAGAAUAUGUAUAACACCAAAACUUUGAUUAUAAAAACCCUAAAAUUCAAUUGUAUUCGUGAAAAUGUACUGGAUAAAUAGCGAGUAGUAAUAUUAGAUACAUAAUAAAUUUUGAAAGAUCUUAUCCAAGUAUUAAACAUACUGUAAGUUGAACUUGAUAAUAAAUAUUCUAUUAAUG